AUGUCAAUUCCAAACGAAACAUUACGCAAGGUUCUAUUUGAGUUACAAAAUAAAUUAAUCGAAGACAAUCGAAAGCUUACUUUAGUAAGGUCACAAAUACAAACAAAGGAACGAGAUAAACGAUUAGCUGAGCUGACCAAACAUGAAUUGUCGACUUUAAAACCAGAUACUAGAACUUAUAAAUCUGUUGGUAAAGCAUUUAUUAAAGCAGAUUUACCAGAAUUGAUGAAAGAUCUUGAUGUACGUGUUACAAAAGCCAAAUCUGAUUUAAUUACUUUGGAUAAGUCUAAAAAACAUUUGGAAAGAAAUGUUAAUGAGUCUCAAACUUACUUAAGGGAAAUUACUAAUAGUCGCGGUUGA